AUGGCCUGGAACUCGCCAAAACGGGCCAACUUUAGUUCUGAGCGCAAUGGACGUAAGGCUCAAAUCAUGAACCAUGUUUGGUCUGGACCCAGGGAAAUUCCAUCUCCUUCAUUUGUUAAGAGCGACACAACUAACUUAGGUAAUAUUUUCCAUCGCUGUUGUUAUAGAAAUAAAUUCGCUUAGCUUAUUGACAAUGACCUUAUACGUUUCCAUGGCUAUCGUGUCGAAAACUCCAUAACAUGUAUUCAACUUUACUUUGAUAGAAUCUGUUCUUUAAUGUCCUCUUUGUAAACAGCAAAUCCAAAGGUCGCAAAGCAACCAGUCGGUUAAGCUUUCCCACGAUUUCCUAUGACUGCAAUCAGGUGGGCUCCUGCUGCAAUUUUAUAGUUUUGAUUGGCGUGGGUUGGGCGGGGAGGGGGAGGGCAGAUAAGAGGAGAAAAAAACGAAAGCCCUGGGUAAAGGGCGGGGGAGGGCAGAUACGAGGAGAAAAAAAGAAAAGCCAUGGUUAAAGGGCGGGGAGAGGGAACCUUCAUUUUCUCUUUCCAGUCCCCCUUUUUGUCCUUCCUUCUACACGUCUUUCAACUCAGACUACCGUGUUUUUUGACUGUAAAUAUAAUCUUUUUUGUUAUUUUAAAAUCUGCAGUCACACCUGAAGAGUCAAAAAACUGCUUGAACGAAAACUCGAGAGGUCUCCUUAGAAUAUCAGCUACUGGGUUUGCACAUUGUCGCCGUGGCAUAACUAACCUUGGUUUCACUAACGAAGAGUGUGAAUUCAUAGCUUCGCGGCAGCGAGCUACGAACUAUCUCUUCUACCUGUACAACGAUAGAGGACAACCUGUGUCGAGAGAUGAGACGAGAAAAAGUACAAGAUAUUCAAAAUCAAGUCCGGAAAGCUCAUGGCGUGUCAAAAGUGCUCCUGUAGAGACAGUUACAAAGGUUUUGAUUGGCGAUAAGCGCGUCUGUUCUUCAGCACUGACCAGAGAAAAGGCGAGAGUACGAAAAAAAGCUUCAUUUCGCAGUGCAAGCUUUGCACAGCGGCUGAAUCAGACAACCAUGGAUGAGUCUCUAGGUACAAUAAUUGUUCGAAGCUUGAAUCAACAUUUGUCGCCAUCAGAGCGUUUGGAACGUUACCUGCUAAGUUUACAAAGGGAAGGCUAUCUAACAAGUGCACGGAAAGAUCGGCGGAAAAACUUUGACACGCAAUUAGGCAUUGAACUGACACACAAAGGAGUUAUAAGUUUGAGAUCAAAGUUCCUACCUCACCCUCCUGUGUACUUGUUUCAAAAGGGACAAUGA